AUGGAGAGGCCGCGGUUCAGUGAUCAUUUAGAGGCAAUCAAGUUCAUCUGCAAGGACUUCUGGUCGGAGCUAUUCAAGAAGCAGAUAGACAACUUAAAGACAAAUCAUAGAGGUACAUUUGUAUUGCAAGAUAACAAAUUUCGCUGGCUUGCACGCAUGUCAGUUGAUCCAUCACCUGAGAACUCUGCUUCAUCUCAAGAUCCUUCUGCCGUGGCUGAAAACAAGAUAACACAAGUGACAGGCUUGCAUCUUUACUUCCCAUGUGGAAUCAUAAGAGGAGCACUUUCAAACUUGGGAAUCCCUUGUGCUGUUUCAGCAGAUAUAUCCAACCUUCCUGCUUGUGAGUUACUGUCUUUAAGUUCUCCUGAAUAUGCUCCAUCAGAAUCUCUAAAGAAAAGAACACGAGAGAAUAAUCUGUUCCCAAUAAUAAUUGGAAAAUUUCAUUAUGUUAACAUGACUUACCACGUGGAGGGCAUUAUUAUAGAUCAGUUGGUGCAUAUCUGGCCAUCUUGA